CAGCCACAUCUGUUGGUAAAGGCGUUGUUCCUGGGGCAUCUCCCCCCUCUCCACCCCGGCUGCGGGGGCAGUGCCAGCCCUUACUCCUGCCUUUCCUCCAGGGAAGAUGAAGCACUGGUGGUACAGAUCAGGUGUCAAAACAGGACUUGCUGAAACAAACCCCCUUACCUCUUAACUUCGUAGUACACAUGAAAGAGCAGGGAAGGAACCCAAGAAUGAGGGGGCUGAAUUGCUACCAAUCAUGUGCAAUUUUCUCAUUAAAGUUACCUAUUUUAAAUGUAGAAUGGAGGGUAGAAAAUUUCAUUAUCUUUCUGAAAGAGAGUAGUGGGAGUGAAGUUACAGACCAGUGGUCUUACUUCAGAUUCAGGAUAUUGUUGAAAAAAUUCAAAAUUCCAAGAAACCAUGAAUAUGCUUUUCAGCUGGGUCUUCUGGAAGGAGAGAUCAAUGACAUGCUUCAGGGAUUACAGCAAGAACAGACCCUCCCCCCAAGAGCAAACACUCUCUCCACCAAAACAUUUCAGAAAGAGGAUGAUGGAUACAUUAAUCAGAAAGAAAUUGAUGCAGAGGCUGUCUGUCCUAUUUGCCAGGAAGAGCUACUAAAGAAAAUGUUUCCCAUCACUUACUGCAGGUACAGCUGUGGAAACAACGUUCACAUCACAUGCAUGAAGAUUUGGGCUGAUCACCAGGGUGAAUUGGAGAGUGACUCUGUGGUGAAGUGUCCCCUCUGUAGAGAAGAAUUUGCACCAUUAAAGCUCAUUUUAGAAGAAUUCAGAAACUCCACUCAGCUUGUGACUGCAGCAGAGAAAGAGAGACUUGACAAACACCUUGGACUCCCCUGUAAUAACUGCAGAGCAUUUCCAGUUGAGGGAAAAUGCUACAAGUGCACUGAGUGUAGUGAAUAUCACCUAUGCCAUGAAUGCUUCACUAGCGUUUGCCAUCCUCCACAUGUUUUCACCUUUCGACAGAAGAGAAAUCAGAGGUGGAGGUCACUUGACCAAGUUUCACAAUUGUCAACUCCAGGAGGAAAUUUAAAAAGCAUUAAUCCAGGCAGUAAUUCUAAAGAAAAGAUGUUACAUCUUCAGGAGAAAUCCAGUUGCAUCCCAAAGCACAUUGUAAAAUCUUUACCUGUGAUGUGGAUUAGAAAACAUAGCAACUUUCUUGCUCCAGGUCUCCAAUGUAGGCUCUGCUUGAAGAUCUUUUGCCUUGGUCAGUGUGCAAGACUCUUGCCAUGUAAUCACAAGUUCCACAGAGAAUGUAUUGACAACUGGUUAUUGCACCAAAAAAAUGCAUGUCCUAUUGAUGGAUAUAUUGUGUAUAAUCCAUUAACCUGGAAGGAUAUAUCAGCCAUUCGUAAUGUCAGUCAGCCAGGAUCUCAAACAAAUACUACCAAACUUGUAAAGCAGAUGGAACCAGAGCUUUUCAUACCUGGAAUUGGAUUGUUCUUCAAGCAAACACUGUUAGGCCAUACACUUGAAAAAUCUCAAGAUAGCCUCCAGAGACUUCAUAACAAUAAAGAUCCACCACAUUCUCAACAGGGUUUAACUUUAAAUGGUUUAAGCUACUUUCAUUUAGGAGAUUCUGAUUCUAGUCAGCACAACAUUGAUAGAAAUUUAAGUCUACAAUUUUCCAGGCAUGGUAAGGAUUUAGCUCAUAAGCCUUUCCAGAAAAUACUCUCUCAAAAAUCCUAUUCUGUUACAUCUAGUAAAGAUGCAAUUUCUAAUGGUACGAGAGGCUUAAAUGGAACUUGUACCAAUAAAGAGAAAGGAGCAAAAGUGUACCACGCUGACCAUGCUAACCCAAACAAAGUAGUUGCUUUUGAAGACAGGAAUAACCAUGAAAUUUCAGCAUGUGUAAGAUUUCCUGGGAAAUUGAACUUUGAGGAUAAUUUGGGGAGUACAAUUGGCUUUAUGUUUCCAAAAAGGGACAAUAAGUGUGUGGGAAAAGCCAGACAGCAAAAAAGGCUUCUAGCAAGACCACCUAAGCAUAAGCCUCUGAGUCUUAAAACUUCAGAAGUAGCUUUAUUAAUGGAAGGAAUUCCACUGAACAACAAGUCAUAAUAUAAAGAAUGUAUGAAAUAUUUAGAAAACAGCUAUAUUUUUAUAGUUUUAAACUCAUGCUUUUUGUCUGAGUUUUUAUUUUCCAUUAGUGUAUUCCCAAGAGGCUGUUUCUACCAAGUUUAAAGGUCCUUUACACCACUGGACUGGCUUAAUGGAGUCCGAGAAUCAGCUCUAAUAACUAAGCGGAGGUGAAUAAAGUUAAGCUGAAAGCUGAAAUAUUUAUUGCAAAAACACUAAUAAUUUUAAAAAAAACUUACAGCUCUUAGUUGGCUAGUCAAAGAUAUAAUAGAAUUUCUGAGAGAACAGGAAAGACUUACACGUUACAAUAUUGAAAUAAAAUAUUCAAAUUUUAACUGAGACUACAAAGUGGGCUUCAGAGUACUGUAAAGUAAGCAGAUUUGACAUACACAUCUCACACUAAAUAUAGGAAUCCACAAUGCUAUUUUUAGUUGCUUUUCAGAGUAGAAUCACACCAUUAAAGAACAAUCAAAGUUUGAUGCACCAUUUUUUAACCUCCAAUUAACUUCUUCCAAAAAAAGGGGAACUUAAUAUGUUUGAGAGGCUGCAGGGGGCCAAAUAUCAGGGUCUUUAAUUUAUCUGAAAUUAAUUGGAGCAAGUAGUUUAUCUAGUUAUAUCAAAUUAUGUCCAACUAGUAUUUACAUAUUGCUGAAAUACUAAGACUGACCCUGUCAUUUUCAAUAAAAAAAGAUUUAACACAAAGAACCUAUUUAUAAUAU